AUGCCUUUUAAGCUUAAAGCCAUAUCCAAUUUCGAUGUGACGAAAGAUGAACGCGAUGGAAAAGUUCGUGAUGUAUGUGAUCAUGCUGUUUGGAGUCUUUCUUCAUGUAAACCAGGUCAUGGUAUCGACCAAUUGUUGAAUGAAUCUACUGAUACAUUUUGGCAAUCGGAUGGUCCACAACCACAUUGUGUUAAUAUACAAUUUCCCCGAAAAAUGGUUCUUUCAAAAUUAUGUUUAUACACUGAUUACAAAGUUGAUGAAAGUUAUACACCUAGUAGGUUGGCCAUACGAGUUGGGAAUACUAUACACGAUCUUAUCGAACUUUUAGAGGUGGAACUACAGGAACCUACUGGGUGGUCGGUGAUUCCACUAAAAUGGCCUGAUGGAUCUCCGUUACGAACCUUUCUUUUACAGAUUGCCAUUUCAGCUAACCAUCAGAAUGGUCGCGACACACAUCUGCGUGCCAUCCGACUUCAUAGUCCUGUGGAAUGUCGUGGCUUAGACACUUUAGCGCCUUUUGUCAAGAGAGAUUUAAAAUUCGCAUAUUUCAAGGAAAUGUCCACUAAAACCUCUAUUAAACAUGAACAAAUGCUAAAUAUUAUAAAUGGAGAAAACGUAAAUAUUGAAGAACUCAAAAGACUGUCUAUUGACGGUUGUCCUGAUUCUAAUGGGAUCCGUUCUAGAGUUUGGAAGUUCCUUUUAAAUUAUCUUCCUUAUCAUGUCGACAAACGACAAGAACGGAUCACUUUUAACAGAAGGCAAUAUGAAGGUUAUGUAAAGGAAUUUGUAUUUGAGUCUUGUGUGGCAGAUGCUAUGCCUGCUGAUCAUCCAUUAAAUUUAGAACCAGAUGGAAAUUGGAUCGCGUUUUUUCGCGAUAAUGAAAUUUUACUCCAAAUUAAUAAGGACUGUCAGAGACUGUGUCCAGAUUUUGAUUUCUUUCGUCGUCCCACAGAGUAUUCUUGUCUAUCAUUAUUUGGAAAGGAAGUACCUGUUGGGGUGUUACGGAGAAGAGGGGAAACCUCUGCACUUCAGUCCCGUUCAUUGAAUAAAAAUCUUGCUGGUGUUACAAAUAUGAUUCAUCUGUCUACUUACGCUCCUUUCCAACCAAGCCAUAGAUUAUCUUCUGGUUUAGUAACACAAUUACAAAGAAGUAAGAUGAACCGUAAAAGCGAUUGGAAUUCGACCUCACCGCAUCAGGAACCACAUUGGGAAGUGAUUGAAAGAAUUCUAUAUGUAUAUUAUAAAACUCAUGUGUCUCAGGGUUAUGUUCAAGGAAUGAAUGAAAUUAUUGCACCGAUAUACUAUGUUUUUGCCACUGACCCCGAUGAAUCCUGGAGAAAAUAUGCAGAAAUGGAUACAUUUUAUUGCUUCAAUAACCUUAUGACUGAAAUUCAUCCUAAUUUUCUACGAAAGUUAGAUGGUAGUCAUGAAGCUGGUCUAGGCGGGCAAAUGAAAAUUUUAUCGGACUUACUAUCUAAAUUCGACAAUAAUCUGUCCAAACACUUUAAAAAAAUAGAACUUGUUCCGGAACAUUUUGCAUUUCGUUGGUUAAGCUUAUUGUUGGCACGAGAAUUCAUGCUUCCAGAUGUACUCCUAUUAUGGGAUACACUUUUCUCAGAUCCGCACAGGUUCAACUUACUUCCAUAUGUUUGCUGUUCAAUGUUAAUUGGUAUUCGUGAUCAACUAUUAAAAGCUGAUUUUCCUACGGCUGUUCAACUUGUUCAAAAUUAUCCAUCGAAUGUCGAUGUAAUGCAUAUUCUUUUGAAAGCCAGAACAUUUUAUACAAAUCACCGGAUUUAA